UUUUUUUUUCUCUCACAAAUUCAUUUGCAACAACAAAAAUCACUAAAAAGGUUAUCCACAUUUAACAUUUCAUUCAUCACAUUUUACUGUGAUCAUCAUGGCUCAAUUUCAGCGUAUUUCAAGAUCGAAAUGUUUUGGUGGUUUUCAAGAAGUUUAUUCCUUUUUUAGCAAAGAACUUCAAUGUACAACUCGAUUCUCGAUUUAUAUUCCACCGAAUGUAAACAAAGAAAAUCCGGCUCCAGUUUUAUAUUGGCUUUCAGGAUUAACCUGUACUGAAGAGAAUUUCAUUAUUAAAUCUGGUUUUCAACGAUAUGCAGCAGAAUUUAAUCUGGUUGUCGUUGGUCCUGACACUAGCCCACGUGGUUGUAAUAUUGAAGGUGAAGAUAAAGAUUGGGAUUUUGGAACGGGCGCUGGAUUUUAUGUAGAUGCAACAACUGAAAAUUAUAAAAAUCAUUAUCGCAUGUAUUCAUAUGUUGUAAAUGAACUUCCUACUGUUGUGGAAGAAAAUUUCCCGGUUAUUCAAGGACUUCGUUCAAUAUCUGGUCAUAGUAUGGGCGGUCAUGGUGCUUUGAUUUGUGGUAUUAAAAAUCCUGGAUUAUACAAAAGCGUUUCGGCAUUUGCACCAAUCAGUAAUCCGAUCGCCAGUCCAUGGGGACAGAAAUGUUUCAAAGGAUAUAUUGGUGAAAACCAAGAAGAUUGGAAACAAUGGGAUGCAACCGAAUUGAUUGGCAAAUAUAAUGGUCCAGAUCUUCAUCUGAUGAUCGAUCAGGGUUCUGAAGAUCCAUAUUUGGACCAUUUAUUUCCCGAUAAUUUUGUUGAAAUGUGUAAAAAAUAUUCCAUACCAUUGGAUUAUCAAUGUCAAAAUGGAUAUGAUCAUGGUUAUUUUUUUGUCGGCACAUUUCUUCAACGACAUUUAAAAAUGCAUGCAGAUGUGUUGAAAUCUUCAAAAUAAACAUGGAAACCUAUAGAAUCAAAAUUGUUUUGAAAUCUAAUCUAAUCAAGAAAAGAAUAUAAUUAUGAUUUUCCACAAAUAAAUUCAAACA